CUUCUUUUCGGAACUCCAAGAGGGCUUUCGGCCUGAACAAAUCAUAGUUAUUUUGUUUCUCCCUCCAGUGUUUCCAGUUAGAUGAUUCUUGUUACGUUCUUGAGCACUCGUACCUUAAAAUUCAGCAGAGCAAAGUGCUUUCUAGGUACAAAGCUCACUUUAUCUACAUAGGUACAACGCCAAGAACCCAGCACUGACUACGAUUGUGCUUUGUUUUUGCAUAGAGAACAGCUGGUCCGAGCAGCUGUUCCGCUUGCCACCUCCCGCUCUGCUUGGUGAGCUCCAUCCGCUGCAUCUCGCUCUGGCCAAAGGCGCCCCAUUCGAAUCGCUUAUAUAAAAGCGAAGUCUAUAAAUAGGAGGAUUAUCGCUGACAUUAGUGGUGGUGGUAGAGGAGCUCCAGAUAAAGAAUCUUGCCUCCAAGUGGGUGCCUCGGCAGGGCAUUCUGGGCACACCCGGUGACAGUGUCAGCUUAACAUGUUGGUGGCUCUGUUGGCAACGCUCCUAGUGGCUCGCAUCGUGGUCUGGCUGCUCCGACUGACGCUAUGGGAGCUGCGCCAUCCUCUGCGCGGCUUGGUGCCCAGUGUUUCCAGCGUGCCUCUGGUGGGAUCGGCUUGGCAGAUGCGCAGUUUCCAGCCCGAUAAUCUUCACGAGAAGUUCGCCGAGUAUGUGCAGCGCUUUGGCCGCAGCUUCAUGGGCUGUGUCCUGGGCCAUGUAGUUGUAAUCACUGCAGAGCCACGGCAUGUGGACGCCCUGCUUCACAGCCCACAGCAGCUGCGGAAGGCUACGUUGUACUAUGCCCUUCGGGGUUGGCUGGGCAAUGGUCUUCUCCUGAGCCAUGGCGACCAGUGGCGGGCCAUGCGAAAGAUCAUCACACCCACGUUUCACUUCAGCAUCCUGGAGCAGUUCGUCGAGGUCUUUGACAAGCAGAGCAGCCGGCUGGUGGAGCGUCUGCAGCCCCUGACCCUGGCUUCGAAGGGGUGUGUCAUCAACAUUUAUCCCUAUGUGGGUUUGGCGGCUCUGGACAUCAUCACCGAGACAGCCAUGGGAGUCAGUGUGGACGCCCAAAGAGAUGAGGACUCCGAAGUGGUUCAAGCUAUCAAAGAACUCACCAAUAUCGUGGCCACCAGAUUCGUGAGGCCGCACCUCCUCUUUCCCAAGAUCUUCCGCUUAUGCUGGCCUGCCGGCUUGCGAAAGCAAGAGGAAGGUGUCCGCAGUCUGCAUAUGUUCACCAACGAAAUCAUAGAGCAGCGCCGCCAGCAGCUGGACAGGGAGGACCACCAGCAGCAGAAUGUUCCCCAGAAGCGCCAUGCUCUGCUUGACACCCUGUUGCGUGCCACCUUGGACGGACAGCCGCUGACGGACAAGCAGAUACGUGACGAAGUGAACACAUUCAUCUUCGAAGGCCACGAUACCAGCAGCUCGGCGGUGUCCUUCUGCUUGUACCUUCUCUCUCGACAUGAGGAAGUCCAGCAAAAACUGUUCGACGAGCUGCGCGAGCACUACGGCCCUAAUUUGGGCAGGGGUGUGGAGUAUGCGGAUUUCGCAGCUCUGCCCUAUCUAAACUGUGUGGUCAAGGAAUCACUCCGUCUCUAUCCUCCGAUUCCCGCGGUGGCACGCUGUCUAGAAACGGACUUGGAAAUUGAGGGCGGCCACAUCCCGGCAGGCACCAAUGUGGUGGUGCUUCUCUGGCAGCUCCUGCGCGACGAGUCCAUAUUCGCUGAUCCCCUGCUCUUUCUGCCUGAGCGGCAUCUGGACGAAACGGUGGCUAGGCAGGGAGCCUAUAGCUUUAUACCCUUCUCCGCGGGCCCCAGGAACUGCAUCGGCCAGAAGUUCGCUCUGCUGGAGAUGAAGACCAUGGUAAUCAAGAUGGUGCGGCAUUUCCAGCUCCUCCCCUUGGGUGCCCCGGUGGAGCCGUCUAUCAAGAUUGUGCUGCGAUCGGGGAACGGGGUUAACUUGGGCCUACGACGACGGCCAUAUUGACAUAUUGUGAUUUUAUGAUUUUAAGUUUGGCUUCGACUAGUGCACUUAUUUGAAAUCGAUAAGCCAUGUAUCGAUAGCUGUAAACAGCUAGUGAUGAGUAGCGUUGGCUUCUUUUCCGCGAAGUUGGGCUUUUAUAUAAUUACCAAAGAAUUGAUUGUAUUCAAAUUGAUAAUAAUAG